GCCAGAAAUGGAGUUGUGGAAUUAGUAUAAUAAUGUAGGAAUAACCGUGCUCUUGGCAGUUUUAUCGAGACAGUCAUCACAACUCACUUACAACAAUCUCAAUCUGUUUCCUCCUUUCGAAAUGACCGACUCUCUCUCAGCGGCUAAACUGGCCAUUUACAUUAUUCUCCUUCAACCUGCUCUAUAUUGCCUAUUCAAGCAUGGAAAGACUGGAUUUAUAGGAUGGCUCUACGUCCAGAUAUUCUGUGUACUCAGGAUUGUUACUGGCAGUAUUGGUCUUCAUGAAACUAACAGCUCAACUGGGUCAAUUAUACUGAACAGUAUUGGUCUUUCUCCCUUGCUGUUGGCUGCUUCUGGGAUCUUGCACGAGGCUCGACGUGGAACAAACCCUAGACUCAGCAGAAAACUCGAUAUCAUUCUCGAGAUCAAGUAUCAUGGCCUAGUUGGAGCAGCCAUGGCCCUCAUCAUCGUGUCUGUUGUCGGUUUACAGAAUGGCGACUCUGUUUCAACCAACAAGACCUUGCUCAAGGUUGCUUCUGCACUCAUUGCAUUAGCAUGGUUGCUUCUCGCGAUCUGGGCUUUGUGGUCUCUCGGAAAGUGUCAAAAGUCAUCUACAAACAACCGUGUAUCUUCGUUUCACGGCGGGAAGCUACUUCUGUAUGCAGUCUUUAUCAACCUCCCUCUCCUUGGAUUGCGCCUUGCCUAUGGUAUCGCGUAUCUCCAGCUCAAGAUCUCACAUCCAACUUCGGGUUUCUUGAUCUCGAAAGCAGUUCAAGUCUGCCUGAGUGUUGUACCGGAGAUGCUGAUUACGACUAUCCUCCUCCUGGUUGGAGUUAUGACUCGAAAUCUGAAGCAUGAGAUCAAAAAACUUGACUCUGCUCUUCCGGUUGGCGACGGGUACGAGAUCCAAAGGUGACCAACAGAGGCGCACUGUCUAUCAUGUUGAACAAGAUAUGGGGUUUCGAUAGAUUUGUCUGUAAUGGAAACUCAGGGCCAGAGACCUCAACCAAUGAUGUUGGCGUAAGUGGGAGGAGAUUAUUUUUGUACACUUGUGUCUCAAUGUAGAGUUUAUUAUUUUUUAGAAUAGUAGUUUCUUUUGUCGAGCAUAAACCAUUGUCAUUUUCAGAUACCCGACUGCUCCGAUACUUCUCAUUAGAAAUAGAUAUCCCAUGGCUCUGUUCCCAUGAGCAAUUGACUCAUGAUGAAAAAGCAGAAGGUCGCCG